AGAAACGGAUCCGGAUCCAUUUGUCCGUGCCCUAAAUCCCUCGAGUCCGCAUCGGUCGACGGCGUUGGAAUCUCUCGAGGUCGCCUGCGAUAGCUCGAUCCACAAGUGCCACCAUCACUCCGCUGUCCGUUUAUUGAUGGAGGAAUCUUGGGUUCCAAUUAACAACAAUAUCUUAGUCGUGAUGCAGCUCGGGAGUCCUCAACUAGCUGCUCGUUUAUGAUUUAGAGGAAGGAAAGAGAUUUUUUGUUGGAAUCGUGCAUCUGAGAAUGACUUUAGCUCAAGCUAGAAAUGUCGUUCUGCCCUGCAUGAAGCUUCUCAGGAUGUCAGCUGUGCCUAUUCUAGAGCAACUACAUCUGGAGGAAAGGUUGCUCAGGACAUCGGUUGAUAAUUGGUGCAUUGUUAAUGAUAGGACAAAUCGUCCUACUAUAGUCAUGGGAGUAUCUGGGAGGCCUUCAGAACUUAUUGAACUGAAGUCUGUGCUUCGUGAUCAAAUUCCUGUAAUUAAAAGAUUUACUGGAGGAGGCACUGUUAUUGUUGAUGAUGGAACAGUCUUUAUCUCUUUCAUUUGCAAUAAGAAUGCUAUCUCGGGGCUUCAACCAUAUCCUCACCCUAUCAUGUCAUGGACUGGCCAACUUUACAGCGAGGUGCUUCGAGGAUUUGGUGACUUCCAUCUCCGUGAAAACGAUUAUGCAUUUAAUAGCCACAAGUUUGGUGGAAAUGCUCAGUCCAUAAUUAAAGAGCGAUGGAUUCAUCAUACGUCAUUUCUAUGGGAUUAUGAUAUAAAGAAUAUGGAAUACCUAAAGCUUCCCACCCGUGCUCCAAAAUAUCGAUCGGCACGACCUCAUGUCGAUUUCUUAUGUCGGAUGAAAGAGUAUGUGCCAUCCAAAUCAACGUUUAUCGAAAGAACAAUCAAAUCUCUCGGAAGUUACUUCUUAGUUAAACCUUUUGAUUUGGAUGACAUUACAACUGAACCUCCCUGCACCCUGCCGCAUUCCACGAAGCUGUUGUCAAGACAGGAGCUGGAGGAUGCAUAUUCAUCACAGUGUGAGAAUUUGCCAUAGCUGACUUUCUGCUUGUGAUCAGGAUCAGAUACUGUUUACUCAGUUUCAUUGCUACAUGAGACAUUAAAUUCAGAUUAAAAGGCAUUCAUUUCUUCUGGGAUAAUAUUUGUCGUAUAAAAUGUUGCAUUUCCUUCUUGGGGAAGUUAAAUACAUGCCUUCUUGUUUUGACUUGUAUCUCCUGAUUCGACAUGUGGCAGUGCAGGCCUGAUUUCAGGCUUGCAUCAAUGGAAACAUUUGAGACAUUAUUAUUGAUUGAAAUAAACUAGUGUUUCAAAUUAA